CUCGACGUCCUCAUCGUCUGCGACAGCCGCUCACUUUUGUCAUUGAUCACAGACAUCCCUUCAUCCUCUUAUAAGUCUAUUCUUGCGUUUCAGAUUAAAGCGACUGAUCAACUCAAGAGAGGCCACACGUUCCUGUGAACUCCCAUCAAUUUAAGCCACCAGCAGCGCUUCAGCAAGCUUUCUGUCUUCUUCAACGCCAUUUUGUCGCCAAUUCUAUCCUAGAACCGCCAUCGAGAUGCAGACAAUUAAGUGCGUAGUUGUUGGGGAUGGUGCCGUAGGAAAGACUUGUUUGUUGAUAUCGUACACCACCAACAAGUUCCCAAGCGAGUAUGUCCCAACCGUGUUUGACAAUUACGCCGUUACCGUAAUGAUUGGGGACGACCCCUAUACAUUGGGAUUGUUCGAUACUGCCGGCCAGGAAGAUUAUGAUCGUCUCCGUCCAUUAUCCUACCCGCAAACAGAUGUUUUCCUCGUCUGCUUCAGUGUCACCUCCCCCGCGUCCUUCGAAAAUGUGAAGGAAAAGUGGUUCCCUGAGGUUCAUCAUCACUGUCCUGGGGUGCCAUGCCUUAUCGUGGGCACGCAGAUAGAUUUGCGAGACGAUCCCCAGGUGAUGGAGAAGUUGCAAAGGCAAAAGCAGAGGCCUGUUACGUCUGAGCAGGGUGAAAGGCUUGCUCGGGAACUUGGCGCUGUCAAGUACGUGGAGUGUUCGGCUUUGACUCAGAAGGGAUUGAAGAACGUCUUUGAUGAGGCCAUCGUCGCCGCGCUUGAGCCUCCCGUUGUCAAGAAGAGGAAUAAAUGUGUCAUUCUCUAAUACGCCUGAGAACUCCAGCCAUCUAGUACAUCCCGUUCACGACCCAUCUACGAUUCUUCCCUUAUAUCCCACACUUCUCCCUUCCUUUCUCCACCUUCGCCUUCUGUCAUCCUUUCUGCUUUGCCGCCUCUUCUUCCGCGCCAACUCAAUACCUACCACACUUUUAACUUUUUCGCUGUGCGUGGACUAGGCGAGUUGUAUGAAGUCCGCGAUUAGGCGGCUUGGCACACUCCUAUGCGCUGGCGUCGCUUCCGUUGGCGCUGCGCUCGAUGUUUAUGUUCGUAGGCUGUUUUGUAGUCCUUAUCUGGCAAACUUGGUACAAGGGGAGAAAUCUAAUACCCGUCGACAGGGAUAAGGCC